CCGUCAGUCAUCUGUUUGCAUUUCACGGAUCAACAUCACCAACUGAAGCUAGAAACAAAAUAACAGUUGGCAAGUGCAAAUCUGCGUUCAGUACCCGUGAUUAGUCGAUCCUGAUUCCGUGCACGUUAUUUGUCGAAGGAUGAGAGCCUUUGUACUGGUGAGCUGCUGUUUGGCCCUGGCUUCCGCACGACCGGAAGCGGGUUACUCAUACAACCGUCCGUCAUCGGGCGGAGGCUCUCACGGAGGCGGCGGCGGCGGCGGUGGUGGCUACUCCGGUGGCCACGGAGGCGGCCACGGCGGUGGUUCCUCGUUUAGCUCCGGCGGAGGAUCGUUCGGUGGUGGCUCGUUUGGCGGUGGCUCGUUCGGAGGUGGCAGCAGCGGAUUUUCGUCCUUCGGCGGAAGUGGUUUCGGAGGAUCAUCCUCGUUCAGCUCCGGUGGCGCCAGCUUCGUAGGCAGCAGCUACGGAGGCGGCGGAGGCGGUGGCGGUUACAGCGGAGGCCAAGCCAUUAUUCAGAAGCACAUCUACGUGCACGUACCACCCCCAGAGCCGGAGGAGGUCCGCAUCCAGCGACCAAUUUCGGUAGCCCCGGCCCAGAAGCACUACAAGAUCAUCUUCAUCAAGGCUCCGUCCGCUCCGGCCUACCAGGCACCCCAGAUCCCGGUGCAGCCACAGAACGAAGAAAAGACCCUGGUUUACGUACUGGUUAAGAAACCCGAUGAUCAGCAAGACAUCAUCAUCCCCACCCCGGCACCAACGCAACCCAGCAAACCCGAGGUCUACUUCAUUAAGUACAAGACCCAGAAGGAAUCGUCCGGUGGAUACUCCGGCAACGUUGGAGCCAGCUUUGGUGCCGAUAUUAGCGGUUCUGUUGGCGGUGGUCACGAUAGCGGACAUGCGGAAGAUAUCGGUAGCGGACACUCGGCUCCAGCUGCCCAGUACGGACCGCCCGGCAAAUCUGGACCCUACUAAACGAAUCGCGGACCACGUAGCUAGUCGAACAAACAGUAAAAACCGAGAAAAAAAACACGAAAUAAUUCACAAACAAACGAGAACUAACAAAACGCAUUCACUACCCAACAGCUGGACGCUGUUGAGAUUCUUGCUAGAGUACUUCCGGUUUCGCGGAAGACAAUCUCAGCCGAAAAAUCGGAAGGCCAGUAGCCUCUGUUGUACAUAGUUCUUUUCCUUCACGAAGAAUACAAGGAAAGUUUUCUUAGGACGUAGGAUUAUUUUUUAAAGCUUACUAUAUUUGUAAUCUUGUUUUAUUAUUAGAUAAAAAAGCAAUUACAACGGUGACAAAUUUUAGAAAAAAAAACAA